AUGAUUUGUUUCUUCUCCACUUUAUUCUCCUUCAUCUUCUCCUUCUUUCCAUCGUCGUCACUUAUUGCCUUUUGGCGAACCAAUCUAAAAAUUCAAAAUCUACCCAUUAUUCCGUCGUUUUUCGAAUCGAUCGACGACGAAUCGGUACCGAUUGGUUCGACGUCGGCUAUUCAAUCGAUUAUUCGAUCAACAUCGAUGUCGAAUUUGUCGAGAAGACCACCAUUGUUGAGAUUGGCACCAGUUCCAGAAGAUAUUGGAGAAGAUGAGGAGGAAGAAGAGGAGGAAAAUGAAGAAAAAGAACAAAAUGAAGAAGAAAACGGUGAUGAUAAUGUGUUUUAUAAUUAUGGAAGUGAUAUCAAGCGGAAAGGAUUUCUGAAAAAAUCACAAACUAUUAUUGUUAGAGGUUUCUUGGAGGGAAAUGAUUGGAAAAUGUCUGGAGUUUGGUUGAGAAAUUCAAAAACACCAAGUGAUGGAAGAGAAACCAGAAAAUGUUUGGUUUUCUAGGCCACAUCGGUUCUCUUCCAAAGGUUAACCAAUUUUCUAUUGAAAAUUAGAGUGGGGGAUACUGUAGUAUCAAUUUAGGAAAAGUUCAGUUUUCUGUUAGAUUUUAAUACAUAGUUUUAAGAUUUUCGGAGCUAGGCACUAUGAAGUGAUCAAAAUAAUCAUCCGAAUUCAAAUUUCCCUAAUUUUUUUAGUCAUCUGAUUCAAAUACUAACAUACAUAUAAGAUCAAACUCCAGACAUCUCUUCUGAUCAUUUUUCUACCUAUUAACAUAAUUUGAAAUCGGAUCCCUUCCCCCCGAUUUCAAAUUCAGAAAAAAGGGAAAAAAUCCCCAAAAUAUUCAGAAGAAGCAAGUGAAGAAGGAGAAGAUGGAGGAGAGGAUGAAGAAAAACGUAAAAAGGUACCUUUCUUGACAAAAUUGUUCUGAAAAAAUCUGUCUCUUUUCCUCUUAAAUAUCUGUUCUGUUUUUGUGUUUUUUCUGUGCUAUGCAACAAACAAAAGUAGUGUGAAGAAAGAAAGAAGAAGAAGAAGAUAUGGAUAGAUUCCUUCUUCGUUUUUUUCCAUCCAUACAUACACAUGUAUUCAUACCCAUACACAAAUUUCAAUUUGUGCACACGCGCACAUGAGCCUUUUCUGUUGCCUUUCAGACAAAAAAAAUUGCUGGAUUCUUUCGGUUUUAGUAAGAUCAUUUUAAGUUUUCAUUUUUCAUUUCAUUAGUUAUAGGAAAUUCGAUAUAAUAAUAGUAAUAAGUUAGAGAAUAACAAAGUCGUAAAAAUGUUUUGUUUUUGUUCUAGAGAAUUUUAAGAAGGAAAAUUUCAGAUAUAGAGAAUGUAUAUCCAAAAUGUGUGUGGCUUUUGGUUUUGAAAUAUUUUCUCAUUUUUUAAAUUGAAACAUUUCCUGCCCUAGUUGAAACUUCAAUUUUUAAUUUUCAAAGUUUCAAUUUUUGACUUCAGAGUCACUUUCAGAAUAUUCGAAUUAAUAUCUUCCACUAUGUUUCAUCAAAAAUUUAAUUUAAAAAUUUCCCAAAAAUUGGGCAAACACGCAAUUGUCAAUUAAGGACAACUUCAAUUUUUCUCCAUUUUUUAAUAACAAGAAAUUUUUAGCCCCACACUAUACACUUCGAAAUCUCCCAGAAUUAAUCGAUAAUGAAAUCUUUAAACAAAAAAAAAAUUAAUUUGAAAGAAGAAAGUAUUUUUUUUGUUUCGACUCAUUGGAUAAAACGUUUUUCCUCUGUUUCAAUUUGUUCUUUCUUUUUUCUCAUCAUUUCAUUUUGCCGUGCACUUUUUUAGUACCUUAGAUUUCUAGUGAAUCGAUUUUUUAAAGAGAUAAGCACGAGUUUAAUGAAAAAUCGCUUUUGAAAAAUUUUAAAGAUUUAUUGAGUUAGGAAGAUGAUCUAGAUGCAAAAAUAGACCAAAGUUUUUUGUCGUUGUUCACCGAGAAAAUCCAUUUUCCCCUCCUAAUUCUUGAGUAUCUGUGUAUGUAUUUAUGAAUGAACAAGAGACGAAGACUUCUUCUUUUUCUUUUUUUUAGUUCUUCAGCUUCUUUUUCUUCUUCCAAUUUGUAAUGCAUAUUGUUUUCAUCAUAAUGCUCCUCCUUUUUCCUUUCUAGUUUUUUAUCCUUCUUUUUUCUUCUGCUUCUCAUUUUUCGAUCUUCAGAUUUGUUUUAACAAGUGCCCUUGAUCUUUGUAAACCUUUUUAGCUAGGCACUUUCAGAAUUUGAAAAAAAAUUAUUUCGAUUUUAUUUAUGAGAGAAAAAUAAUUCAUAAUUUCUUAUUUUACUCAUCGUCAUCGAAAAUUAUCCAAUACCUAGAAUAUUUUGCUAUUUUUAAAAGAAAAUUCACAAAAAUAAGAAAUCCCUAAAAAUAAUCGGAUUUCUUUUUCUUAAAUAUCUAACCAAAAAAAUAUUUGAGAACCUCUGAAGUUCCCCUGAAAUUUUGUAUGCAUUGGAAAAUUUGACAUUGCAGUUGCAUUUUUGAGUUAUUUUGUUCUGAUUCUCUAUUUCUCUUGUUCUCUCUUUUUAUAUCUUCAUACUUUUUAAUAAAAAAAAUCUCAAAGAAUUCAACCUCUUCACAAUUAUCGUCAUCAUCCUCCAAAACCUUUUUCACCACCAAUUCGAAUACCAACAUCAACAACAACAACAACAAUCAUUCGAAAAACAAUCAAUCGUUGAAAAAACAAUCACGCUCCCUCUCACCGUGUCCAUCAAUUCAAUCGAUUGGCGGAACUGGUGGGAGUGGAGCAGCGAUUGGUGGAGGUGGAGGAGGACAACAAGGAAUGGUUGUUGUAACCUACAAUAAUUCGACAAAUCAACAUAAUCAUUUGACAUCAACCACAAGAAGAAAUGCAGCUAUUGCAUCAACAUCUUCUUCGAGUUCGAGAAGAGCUUCGGCUUUUGUUCGAAGAAUGUCGAUGGCAAUUCCAACAUUAUCUGCUGAUCCUGUACCAUUGUCAGCGGUUAGUUUAGGCGCAGGUUUAGGUCUAUUUGGGCUCUAAAAUUUGGUUUUGUAAUCAUUCAUUUAUUGCGUAUUUUAUACCCAGGGUUUACUGAAAAUUUGAAAAUAUUUUUUUUUUCGAAUUUUCUGUAAAGUAUUUGAAGGUGAAAAAAGGGAUUUUCCGAAUCGGAUCUGAUUCUGAUGUCUGA